GCGGAGGCUUCAGUGUUGUUGUGCCGCGGGACUGAGCAGAUACAGCCGUGAUUAUGAUUCAAUAUAAUGGAGAAAAAUGGAAAAAGCAUGGACUGAGGUCACUGAGUACACCUACAGAGAUUUGGACUGGACGUAAAAAUGCCACAGCAUUUUAAUCUCACUGCGGAGGUCGGAAUUUUCUGGACAUAACGCAGCGAAGUUACAGGAAUCUUUGUCCCGGACUGAAGAAAGACAAGCGGGCCUGAAAUCACACAGACGUCGGCUGAAGUUGAGCUACGGGCUGCGCUAGCUAAGUUAGCAUUUAGCUUGCUGUGAAUUCUUUUUAGCCCCUGGGAAGUCGUGUUAUAAAGGGUGCCGCAGCGCAGUGUGUGGCUGUGUGUAGUGUGGUAUAACGUUUCUUUGAAGAGUUAUUGUUUUAUGUGUCUUUGGUAACGUUAGCAGCAGUGAUAAUAGCUAAGCUAGCUGGCUAGCUCCCAGGGAGGGCUAGCUUGUUGUUCCCCUGUAAGUUAGGCAGAAAGCUUCUUUUAAACCGGAACAAAAACACAGACAAACACCACCCAGGUUUAGUCGUUUUUUUUUCCAUCUAGAAAAUAUAUGUGAGUAGAGAUAUCUGCUCAGAACAUUUGGUGGUAAUUGCCUCCCAGCUUAUUAUAAACACCACUCCAGACAAUAAGCAUGUUGUUCUUCCCUGCAACAGUCAUCCCGUCCGGAUAGAGUUUGAGUUACACUUGUUUAUCUGUGCUUUUAAUCUUUAAUAGCUCUUAAUCUCACUAAGAUAAAGGAUUUCUUUUGGCAUUGGUUGUGGUUAUAUAAUUUCUUUAGCUGCCAGACAUCAGCUUGAAAGACAGUACCAGGUGUUUUCUUUAGGUAAAGUUAUUUCUUUUUAUCAGUGAGCACCACCUUUGACCAUAUUAAUACAUUUCUUAUCUUUGACUUGAGCAUUAAGGAUGCAUUGCUUUACAGAACCACACUUUUGGCACCCACCUUGUUAUUCAAGCAGGACAUUCCUGUGAGACUGUGGUUUGGUCUGAAAAUUACCUACUUGCACACAGUUUGGAGGACUUAAAGUAAACAGGCAAAGUACGGACUGUAAGCUUGUGGAGCCACAUUCAAGCAAGUUCAUGGCAUAAAAGACAUCAUCUUUGUUUUGGAUCAAGUCAGAAUUUUAAUACACAAGGGGAAGCCAGUCAGCCAGUCAUCUUCAGCCUCCAUCAGCCCUGGGCUCAGAUGUGAGACGUCAUGGGCAGCCAGGGAAGCCCAGUGAAAAGCUAUGACUACCUGCUCAAGUUCCUCCUGGUCGGAGACAGCGACGUGGGCAAAGGAGAGAUCCUGGACAGCCUGCAGGAUGGAUCCGCCGAGUCCCCAUACGCGUACAGUAGCGGUAUCGACUAUAAAACCACCACCAUUCUUCUGGACGGGAGGAGAGUGAAGCUGGAGCUUUGGGACACCUCAGGACAGGGGAGGUUCUGCACCAUCUUUCGCUCUUACUCCCGCGGGGCUCAGGGGAUCCUGCUGGUGUACGACAUCACCAACCGGUGGUCGUUUGAUGGCAUCGACAGGUGGAUCAGAGAGAUCGAUGAGCAUGCACCGGGCGUGCCUCGAAUCCUCGUCGGCAACCGGCUACAUCUGGCCUUCAAACGGCAAGUUCCCACUGAGCAGGCGAGGGCGUACGCCGAGAAGAACGGCAUGACUUUCUUCGAGGUGAGCCCUCUGUGCAACUUCAACGUCAUCGAGUCCUUCACAGAGCUGUCGCGGAUCGUCCUGAUGAGGCACGGCAUGGAGAAGUUCUGGAGGCCCAACAGAGUCUUCAGCCUCCAGGACCUCUGCUGCAGAGCCAUUGUGUCGUGCACGCCGGUCCACCUCAUCGACAAGCUCCCGCUGCCCGUCGCCAUCAAGUCCCACCUCAAGUCCUUCUCCAUGGCCAACGGCAUGAACGCCGUCAUGAUGCACGGACGCUCCUACUCGCUGGCCAACCCGGCCGGCGGCUCCAAAGGCAACAGCCUGAAGCGCUCCAAGUCCAUCCGUCCGCCGCAGAGCCCUCCGCAGAACUGCACCCGCAACAACUGUAAAAUCUCCUAAUUACCAGCUUCCUUUAAAAAAAAGAAAAGAAGACGAUGAUUGGAGUCAGAGACGGAUGUACAGAAAGUUCAUCCCUGAACCUGAAGAGCUGAAGAGCAGAUAUGAUGGAUAAAGGGAUGAUUGAGUGCUACCUCCCACCUUCAUGACAUCACGUUAAAGGGGAUGAAGUACUUUCCAGGUGGCGGAGCUCGAAUGACGCCUCAGGAUAUCAGAGAACAACUACAGACCUUCAGGUCUCUGCUGACCUGAUUCUCUCUCCAUCAAACCGCUACAGCGAGAGAGAGACUCCAGAGUCACUCCUGUCUGCUGGAGUGUUAACUACAUGUACAGAAAUCCCUCACCAACGCGUAUUUAGUUACUCUACACGAUGCACGUCACUCUGUGUGUCUGUGCAUCACAGACGUCACCUCAACAUCAGUUCUUCACUUUGAUUUCUUGCUUGUGUCUGUCUGGAUUCCUCCUCUUUCUGUCCACACCCUCGUUUAUUUGCUGUUUUAUUGACCAAUAAGCUAAAGAUCAAGACACUAGCAACCAGUCAGUCCGUUAUCAGUCUGUCAUUGAUCAUUGUUUCUCCUCAGCUGUGUCUUUGGAAGUUACGUUAACACUCGCUGAAGUGAAAUCUUGGUGACAAGAUGAGUGAAGGUUCCUGUCCGGUGUGGAGGUUUUCACCCAGACCUGAGCCUGUAAAAUCCAGAGGGUCUUGAGUCCAGACUUGUUAGUGUACCUUCAGUGUAAGUCCAACUUUUCUUACCAGAGGUUUUAGGUUCUGUAAAAAAAAACAAGUGAAAACAUCCAACAAAUCACAUGUUGUAUUUUAGAGAUUUUAUCAUCACUCUGUGGUUUACAGAGGAACCCACAGUGAUGCUUGUUGCUAUGGAUACCAUUUUUAAAAACGUGUCCUAUUUAACGUCUCUACAUCUUUUAUGAACUUUAUUUUUAACUUUUUUGGACAAAGUAAAAGCAGAAGUUGAGCAGAGCAGAGAGCAGUCUGGUUCCUGCUGAUGAGUCGUCUGGACAGUUAAUUCUUUCCUUUUCGCCUCAGGUACAUUUUUCUUUUUGGCCGGUGAAGACGUCCAUUCUGCUCAACUUUACUGGGAACUGCUUUUUUUUUUUUCAGACCCAAAAGCCUCUUGGGAGUUGUAGUCUGGAGAUGAGAUGGAGAAGGACAGCUCGUCUGGAUCCACUCUUCUUUUCCCUCUUUCCCGUCUCUUUUCCUCUGUCGGGUGCUCAGGGACUCUGCUCCUCGUGUUGUCAGAUUUCACACCUCGUCUGUCACGUCGCGCCUGUUGCAUGAAGCAAAAACACGUCUCUGCUUAUCUUGUGUUUGUCACCAAACAUGAACACACCACCGUCAGGCCAAGCUGAUUUUAUAUCAAUACAUCUGCUCACUCAUCGUGAUACUCCUCCCAAAAUCUAGGUUUUCAGCUUCUUAUCUUGUGCUUAGCGUGUUGGUAUAAAGAGUGUUUAGUUACAGUAGCGUUGGGAACCAGAGCUGAUAAAUGAAUAGAAAACAAUAUCGAUAUUUGAUGAAUUUUGAGGAAAAAUGUCAGACAUUCGUUUCUGUUUCUGGAUUUGAUGCUUUUCUCUCUUUCAAUGAAAAACUGAAUAUUUUAGUUAGUUUGGAAAAACCAAGUUCUUUGAAGACACAUACUCGGCUUUAAUCGAUUAAUAGUUGACCUGUAAGCUGAGCGUACAGAUGGACAGUGUCCAGUUCUGUUGUGACAGAAGAAACAAACCUUUAAACCUACAGAGGAGGAGUGUUUGAUACUGAAAGAUUUUGGCUGGAGUUUCACUUUAACAGUAAACACCUGCACUCACUGCUGCUGCACAAUUUGUUGAGCCCCCCAUCCCUCCCAUCCUCUGGUAUUUACUCCUGUAUUUUCCAUACUUUGGUCUCAGCGUUAGACUCGGAGCGAGCAGGAACCUGAGGGACAGGAAGCACAGAUAUCUGAGGCCGUCUGAGAAAAGCGUAGUUCCUGGCGUUUGGCUCGUCUUCACAUGAUGGUGAGGGCGACAGUGAUGAGUGUAAACAGUAGCAGGACGGGAUCGUGUUGUUUUCAGGUGCAGGGUUGAUGGUAAACAGUGACCCAUGUUUAUCAGCUCUGUCUGAAUGUCAUCCACUCGCCUGCAUCACCACCUGUUCACAUCAAACACCAGACUUCCCCAGUGAACCGUGAGGACUCACGGCUUUUCUUUCCUCCGUCCUCGUCUUCGUCGAUCAGACUGAACCAACAUUCGUGUCGUGUUGAAACGAGCUCGAACUCUCUCCGAGUCGCAGCCUUUUUAACCGCCGUACCGCGCUCCGUCUGGAUCUCCCACGGGACCGGAUGCAGCAUGUCUUCCCCUCUCUCCCUCUGAUCUGCUCCACCGCCUCCUCACGCUGUCCCAUGAUUCAUAGCUGCUGAAUAAUACAUGCUCUUCUCAUAGAUCUCUGGAGGGCUUCAUCAGUACGCCCCGGCUCCGUCUCUCCUCGCUGCUCUUUCAUCCUCCACAUGCUCGCUGCGUGGUUUCUCCUCAGUCCUCCUCAGCAUCUGUUCCCCUCCUCUACAACACAAAGACCUGGAUUAGCUGCAGCUUUUCACUUGUAACCUUUUACCUUCCUCUCUGAGUCUUCUCCUCAGGUGUUCAUCCCUGUUCAUUCAGCUCAGUGUGCUUGUUGGUCUUCAGUGAGUCUCCGUCUGUCUUCCCUCCUCUUCUCCGUCUCCUCUCAGGGAGUCGUCUUUGCCUCGUGCAGUGAAUCCUCCUCGCUUUAGGGGAGAUUUCCACUCAUCCAGAAUCACAUCACUGCAGCAUUAAAGGACCAAACCAGUGUUUCUCUUGCUUUAGCUCCUUUCCUAUAAAUCUUACAAACUUUUUUUUGCUUGUGACCCCAAGCAGACCAAACCAGAACAUGUCAUAAAGCUCUGUUUCAUUAUCUCCACAGUCUAAAGAUCAGAUUCCUUUUAAAUGAGCAGUGAAUCCCUCAGGCUGGAUCCCACAGAUUCUGAUGACCCAGAUUCUAGUGCCACCCUCAGGACUUUAAAACUUUAUGUUUUUAGCUCCAUUGCUGUUUGUUCCAGUCAACCACAGGUUUCCAGUCAUUUUGUGUUGAUGUUAUUGUGAAGUAAAAGCCAAGUGGUUGAUGAUUUUUCUUCCUCCUCGUUUUGUUGACAUCUCAGAUUUGUCCUGAGACUCAGAAAAAACAAGUUAAUGUUGGAUACUUCUUUCAAUAAAUGGAAACCAACGACACAGAAUAACACACUAAUUUAAGUGCUAGAUGCUUUGGAAAACCUCCACAUGAUUUGUAGAAAACGGGCUAAAACCUGCAAAAGACACUGGUUCGUAAACAGUUUUAGUUGUGGCUACAGUCUCUGAGUUAAUGGAUAAGAAGGAGAUUUAGAAACCGCAGACACACACCAGACGUUUACAGAAUCACCGUGUUAGUGUUUUAAGAACGAUUCUGUCAAAUGGACUGAGAAGGAAUUUAACUCGAGCUUGUUGCCAAGAUUUUUUCGAAGAGGUUUUCUCGCUCUGUGAUGAACAGGAAAUGACAUUUAAGCAUAUGAAGCCUCACUGGGUGUGAUGAUAUUGUUUUGUUUUGUGUUGUACAUCCAGACUUUGUGUUCUGUGAUAACAACCGUUUUCCUCCACGUCUUCCUUUGUUUUGGUGUGUUUCUCCUCACCUGAGUUUUUUUCUUAAUGAUGGAAAUGUUUGUGGAGGAUGAUGGGAGAUGGAUUCAUUCAGGACCCUUCAGGGAUGCCCUCUGAUAUCGCCUGUUGUGGGCGUGUUUGUGUAAAGGAAAAAAAAAAAAAACCUGUAAAACACUAUUCUUGUUUUUGGCUAAAGCUGCUGAGUAAUCUGAAGCAAGUGUGUGAGUGUGUGUGUGUGUGAGAGAGAGAGAGAGAACCAAUUUCUUCAAACACCAAGCUGAACAUUUUUCUUUUUUUAAAUUAUUGAUUGUACAGUUUCAAGGCGAGGGGAUGAAGAGACUUUUUCACAAUAAAACUAUUGAAUGUUGGAGUCAA